AUGCUCCCGGAUGAGGCCGUGGUGCUGCAGGUCACUGGGCCAUUUGGUGCCCCUGCACAGAAGGUUUGGGGCUUCGACGUGCUGAUGGUGGUGGGAGCCGGCAUUGGGGUCACACCCUUCGCCUCCAUCCUGCGUUCCGUGCAGCUGCGUGCCAAGCAGCGCGAGACCAUCAUGAACGCAGCCACGAGGCCUUCUAAUUGGCGCUCGGUGAUGGCCAACAGCCCCGGAAAUGCGCCAGUUGAGGACCCAAGGGCAGGGUUGGAGAAGCUGGUGGAUAACCUGGUCGUGGCACGAAAGAUUGCCGAUGUCAUGGUGAUGCAUGAAAUCAAGGUGGACAGCUCGGUGGCUUUCCGUCGUGCCUGCAAGGAGAAGGAGCUACCGUAA